CUUCUGAAAGUUGAACAUUCCGUAUUGGAUAGGUGCUUUUCACGUCGCUACGGAAAACUAUCCGGUAUUAUCCGGUAUAGUGUAAACGUAGCCUAAGUUUCAGUUCAUCGACUAGGCCUCUCUCCUCCGCAGAAGCUUAGAUAAAGUUUCUAGUGAGGGAAAAGUGAGCGCGCAAGUAGUGAUGGGAAGAGCUGAAUAAAGGAAGCCUCUGCGAGUUAAUGCAAUCGAUAUGGCGUCGUAUAUAAUCGUUUGUAGCGAAGUUCGAUCAACCAUCGAGGGUGUUAAAACAUGUUUUCGACUUUCAUUUUCAGGCGUACUUGAGUAUCCUGGGGUGAAUUCAAUAUCAAUAUCUUCUUCUGUCCAUUUGCAUCGAAAAAUAUUGAGAAAUUGCAAACGAAUAUCAAUGGAUACGAGCUAUCUGAUUAUAAAUAUCCUCUUAAUUGCAACAUUUCUUUAUAAAAAUGACUCUAUUGAACUUCGAUACUCAGAUUAUGAAGAUUUAUUUCAAUUUCUUUCACAUUUCCGUCGAUUUCAAGUUUAAAAAAAGGUCAAACAACUAGUUUGGUUCAAAAACCAUACUUCGUCGAAUUAUCUGGCAGAGCCUCCCCAACUUCAUUUCAAUCUUCCCAUCACACCGUGCGCGCUCACUUUUAUUCGGGAAACUUCAUGUAAGUUAUUUGUAAAUACUUAAGGAGGCUCUUCGGAGGAGAGAGUCAACUAGGCUGUUCCACACCCUAGUUGUUCUAACUAAAAACGAGCGUUGAUGCUUGUAAGAAUAGUUUUCGAUAACUAAUUAUUUUUGUUUUAUUCGUUUAACAGGAUACCUAGAAAGGUAUAAAAAGUUUAAAGAUGGAAAACUAAUUUGUCAACAUUUGAAGAUGUGUAUUGAAGAAGGCAAUGUGUCUAUAAAGUUUCUUGAAGAAAUCAAGAAUAAUACUGAGAAAGUGACAAUGUUAUGCGCUGGUGUAACGAAUUAUACGUCAACAUUCUCUGCCGACAGGUUCAAGAAAGGUAUGGUGGAUCGAAUUUCAGAAUUGACAAAUAUCGUACAGGAUUGUUCCGAGAAGUUUAUGUUGCUAGGAUCCAUGAUGGACUAUGGUAGAAAGAUAUCAGAUGAUAUUCACUCUAUUCAGGGAUUUCAAACGCUCAUUGAGGCGUUCAAUGAACGAAACAAAAGUUGGUGCACGAAAAGAGUGAAUGAAUUACAAGAUGAUGCAUUUUGGGGACCAUUGUCUCCUCUCAUACGUCCAGCAAAGACACUUCAACCAUUGAUGAAUUCUUUGUCUUUUAUGACCGUGGCCAAAAAAGGUUUGGAAGAAAGUGGCUCAGAUGAAAGUGAAAACGCAACACCAAGAGAUUUCUAUUCAUUGAUACACUUUCUUACAAACAAUGCUAUUAAAGAACUUCAUUCGCAGUGGAAUCCGGUGUUGAAAGAUCCAGGGUCGCUCAGUGUGGAAACCAUGAAGACUUUACUUGGUACUUUGAAGAAUCAAAACAGACUUGAUGAAGAACUCGAACUGUUAGAAAAAUACUUUCAACGACCGUUUUCUCCUAAUGUUAAAAUUUAUAUCGAAGAUUAUGUGAAGUAUCCUAAUGUCUUGGAACAAGUACGACAUGUCAUUGGCAUUCUUGAUAUAUUUGGAUUGGCGGAUCCCACAAACGAAACGAUGUCAGUUCUUUUACAGUUUGAAACGAUGUUAGAUAAUAUUAACGAACGAACUCUCGCAGCAUUACAUCAGGUAAUGGAGGACGUGACAGGAAUAGUUUCAGCUUUUUCCGGUGAAGACUUAGAUUGUGUGAUAGAGGAGCUUUCGAGAUCUAGCGCAUUGCUUGGUUUCAUGGAAGAAAUUGUUGACGAAGACAUUCGUUUUCUUAUCGAUGCCGUUGAAGAACAUUCAGAUCAGUUUGUGUCCGAGUCAUCAGUUUCCGAUCUUAUUGACGUUCAUGGAUUUUUGGCACCUUUGAUUAAGAGGAAAAAUCAGAAGAACUGUAAUGCACAGGACCUUCUGAAGAUGUUAAAAAAGUCUUGUCUUAGUCAUAAAGAUAUAGCAUCAAAGAUUAAGCAGUCCAGUACGAAUGUGAACAGUCUUCGCGGAUUGUACACGAGUAUUGCAAACCGUGGUGAAAUUACCAAAGAAAUUAUCAGUAAUUGUCUGAGCAAGGGAGUUUAUGUUGUAUCGCUAAACGAUGGAACGUGUGAAGCCAGUAUGAGUUACCACUUAACGGGAAACAGCGAUAGCAAAGGAACAUCAUGCAAUUACUCUCUGUCAGAUCUCCAUGAUCUGCGAAGUCGUGCGCAUCUGAUUGUUAGCUCACAUAAGAAUGCUUUCAAGGUCACCUCCAGCCAUUCAAAAGAAAGUAGCGAGGACAUUGAUUUUGAUGAAUUCAUAAAUCAAGUUAAUCUCUUGACUGAAAUUUCUAUUUUGCUCUCAAAACUGCGAUUCUCAGGAUAUGUUAAAUAUCGAGGUUUUUGGACAAAGAUGAGAAGCACCAAGGAUCUUCGGAAUAAGCGGGACAGUCUACAGCAAGAUUUAGAAACCUGGGAAAGUAUUUUGUCAAAAGCACGGGCGGACUGCUAUUUUCUCAAUUAUUAUCGCUCUGAUCAACUUUGUGUGUUGUACGAUUUUCUUAUUAACAAAUCCAACGUUAAUUGCGAAUUGGAGGUUUUAUCCCUAAUUCACUUUGUGGACAGAACUAUCACUAAACAGCAAUUAGAACAGCACCAAAAUUCCCAUUCAGACAACAAUCCGUCUUUAUUUCUAUCGACUAUUGGUCAAGCUCUAGAAAAUAUCUUUAUUAAUUUACAACGUGUUGUUAGAAGGAUUCCUGAUGAUGGUCAGAGCCGGUCAUACGUUAAACUGGAGGCUACAGUUACGUCGGGGGAAAUUUUUAUAGCUACAUUGGAACCAGACAGUUCAUUGACGGCUAACGUUAUUCUAACGUUGUUCGAGAACACGUCAAAUGCAUAUCCAGAACCGUACCAAAUUGUUUUUUGCAGUUCCCAAACAACAUGGGAAGAAAUUCAUCUUCUACUCCAACGAUGUUUUGCAAAGUCAAAAAACAUCGAUUACAGCAGCUUGUUUUGCAUUGCAAAUGUUGAAUUACUACCAAAUGAACUUCAGUUUAAAUUGGUUGAUGCGAUCAAAGAGAAGCAGAAAUGCUACCAAAGUUCUAAAGAUGUUAAACAAUGUGCUGAUUAUCAACUUGCUUUAAUUUGCCGUGGUGGUGAACACCACCACAUUGUCGAAGAGUUUGCGCAAUAUUCGCACCACAUUGCGGGUAUGAUGGAUCACGUCCUGACAGAUCGUCUAAAAUCUGGUUGGCCUGAUGUCAAAAUGAUCACAUCCACUCUUCCUGGUCUUGGUAAAACAGAAUAUAUAAAACGUGAGGCACAAGAGAAAGAUUUAAACAUCGUUACAUUUUCAAUUAGCGGCCCAUUUGAGCCCAGCAGACUCGUACAGCGAUUAAAGAAGCUCCAUCUUAAGAAAUAUCAUUGUUUACAUCUUGCCAUUGGCGACGUCAGUAAUCCAUUGUUGUUGGAUACAUUCUUAUUCCAACUUAUUGUGACGGGAAUGAUUUCUGCGGGAAUGCAAUUUUAUCACCUUCCAACAACUCAUGUCUACAUUGAAAUAGCAAAUACGCUGAAUGAUGCGCUUCGGGAGUCAUUGGUGGUGUCAAAGUAUUUCACCCGUAUUCACUUGGAGUGGCAGAAUUACUCUAACCUUCUGGUCAGCCCAGAAAUCACAAGUAAUGUGCAAGUUGUUUGCCAGUAUUUAGAUAUUUUUGAUCGCGCUUGCAUCGAGUCCAACGAAGUUCAUUUCAGUGGACCAGAGAAAACAAAACCAUUGUCAGCGUUUCGUUGUCAAGAGCUACUAGCUCGGUAUUUUUCGUCCGAUGCUGAUAUCACGUUCACCGUGUUAAACACUUUCCUAGGAGUCCUUGCUGACCAGUUUUUGAAGUUUUCCAAGAGUACUUUCUUCAGGAUUGCCCGUCUAAAAUCUAUGUUGGGGGAAGAAGCCAAAAAUGUUCGGACUAAUCUUUUUCGUGCACUUCUGGAAGUAUCAAAAGAGUUUGCAUCCCGUGCCAUAACAACAAAAACAGUCAGUUCAAGAGAUGUACAAAAACUUUCUCAAGAAGAGUCUGUGAAGGCUUUCGACAAAGCAUUGGCUUCAACUGUUACAUGUGCUGAAAAUAUGGUGAAACGAGUGGAAGGGAUGAUACAGUGGGAAGACAGCAACCACUUGUUGGUUGUGUUCCAUGGUCUCAACUCGCAAGCGAUCACGGCGGUUUAUCGGAACAAAAGUGGUGUUCCUCUUAGUGUUGAAAAAUUACUAAAGAGCCAAGAAGUGAAAGGAAAUAAGGAACUCGAGGACUUUAAGGUUUUAACUCAGGAGCAACUACAAGAGAAGAUAGAAAAGAUAGCUUGCAUGAAACUGACUGAAAAGAAGAACAUGUUUUCAACAUACGCGUUGACUCCAGAUAACAUCCUGAAGAUGAUAUUGAUCAUAUUACGAGUCCGUGCAAAUAUUCCAGUUAUCAUCAUGGGCGAGACAGGCUGUGGUAAAACCAGUCUUGUUCGCUACCUGGCGAACAUGUGUGGAAUAAAAUUCUUUAUAUUCAAUUUCCACGCCGGAAUUUCCGAAGACAAGAUUAUCGAGUUCAUCGCAGAAAGGGAAAAGGAUUCUAGAGGUAUUGGUGAUCAAAUAUGGAUUUUCCUGGAUGAGAUAAACACCUGUGAUCAUCUAGGUUUGAUAGGUGGUCUCAUGUGUCAUCAUUCCUUGCUGGGACGACCAUUAUCAAAAAAUCUUGUCUUCCUUGCUGCUUGUAACCCAUACAAGCUACGCCCUGAAGAACAUAUCAAGACAGCAGGCCUCGAAGGCAAGAAUAUCACUGAUGAAUACUCCGGACUUGUUUAUCGUGUCCACCCGCUACCUGAAGCUAUGAUUGACUACGUUUGGGAUUAUGGUUUCUUAGCUGAAAAGGAUGAACGGGACUAUAUUCAGAGGAUGGUGAGUGUUUUGCCAAAAGAACAUGAACAUGUGUUGGUUGAUGUGCUUGCUGCUUCUCAAAAGUUUAUUCGGGAAGCGGAGAAGAAUCAUUUUUGCGUCAGCCUACGUGAUGUGCAUCGCUGCAUUCUAUUGGUGAACUGGUUUCAGGAAAUGCAUAAGAAACGCAAAGAGUUGAAAUGUGACAAAGAUUUCACGAGCCACCACCUUUGGGAGAACUGUUGUAUGUCAGAACGCUACAAUGAGAAGCCGAUGAUUAAGAGUAUCGUUCUUGCCCUUGCACAUUGCUAUCUGUCCAGAUUACCCACGGCAAAGUUGCGACAGGAUUACCGAGAACAGAUGAUGAAAUUGUUCGGUAAAAAUGGAACCAUGAUGAACAAGAGUGGAAGCGUCGAUAGUUUCUCGGCCAUCGUACGUAUGGAAGAAGAAGACUAUUUGCAUCGAAUGGAACUUCCACCCGGCACGGCAAAAAAUGCUGCUCUUCGCGAGAAUGUCUUUGUUAUGCUAGUUAGCAUCUUGAAUCGUAUCCCCGUUUUUGUUGUUGGAAAGCCCGGUUGCAGUAAAUCUUUAUCUAUUCAGUUAAUCCGAAGCAAUCUACGUGGGCGAGAUUCGCGGGAUUCCCUGUUCAGAAAGUUGCCACAACUUUAUGUCGUCUCGUAUCAAGGUUCAGAAUCGUCCACUUCAGAAGGAAUCAUCAAAGUGUUUGAUAAAGCACGCAAAUAUAAAUCCCACAACAAAGAUGGAAAUGUCUUGCCUGUUGUUUUGCUAGAUGAAGUUGGAUUGGCUGAGAAUUCUAAAUACAACCCUCUCAAAGUUCUACACAGCUUAUUGGAACCUGGAGAAGGAGAACUACCCGAUGUCGCAGUUGUGGGCAUUUCAAAUUGGUCAUUAGAUGCCGCCAAGAUGAACAGAGCAAUUCAUCUGUCCAGACCAGAACCAACCAAAGACGAUUUAUACGAGACUGGGCAUUCACUACAUUAUGCUGAUGAUGGAGAUAACAGACAGUACUUAGGAAGGAGAGAGCUUCAGUGUUUGGCUGAAGGCUAUUUUGAAUACCAGGCUCAACAAAGUCACGCCAAUUUCCAUGGUCUUCGCGAUUACUACUCUCUUAUUAAGAGCUUGACCGGUUGCAGCAACUUUGAACAAGUCAAUAUUUCAUUACAGCGUAAUUUUGGUGGUCUUCUUGGUGAAGUGACCAACAUUCAAAAGAUUUUCCUUGACAAGUUAAAGAAGCUUAUGGCAUCUAGCGGGCAAGAUAUUAUCCCAGUCACCAGACUGAUUCAAGAGAAUCUUGCAGACCCUCAUGCUCGUCACCUGAUGCUCAUAACAACUGGAGAUUCUGCCAUUGGUAUUUUAAAACAAAGUCUGGCUCAGCUAGAGAAGGAAACCAUCACAAUCUAUGGCAGUCAUUUUGAAGAAGAUCUGUCCGAAGAGUAUAAUUACAGAAUCCUGAGUCGUAUAAUUCUCUGCAUGGAGCGGGAUUGUGUCCUGAUAUUAAGAGAUCUGGAAAGAAUCUAUGGAAGUCUGUAUGAUAUGUUAAACCAGAAUUACGCCGUGGUCGGUAACAGGAAAAAUUGUCGUGUGGCCCUUGGAGCUUAUAGCAACCCUAUGUGCCAAGUGAACGACGGAUUUCGAUGUAUUGUUCUCAUUGAUCAAAACAAAGUGGACUUUUCUGAUCCACCAUUCCUCAACAGGUUUGAAAAGCAACUCUUGGGCUUUUCUGAUGUGGUGACCGAAGACCAACAGAAUGUUAUCACCGAGCUUCGCGAUUGGGUUAAAGAAAUGUCCACGGUAGAAGGUUUAGAAUCACAUUUUAAUGAAUCAGAUAUGUUUAUUGGUUUCCAUGAAGACACCCUCCCAUCACUGGUUUUGUCACAUGCCCAAGUCCAGGAUAGUUCACCAGAAGAUGUUUUCAAAAAGUGUAAAGAUGACUUGAUGUGGAUUGCCUCCCCCGAUGGUGUGCUUCGGACGCGGAAGUGCAACCUUUUGCGAGUAGAUUCUCACGAGGUGCAGGAAUUAAGUAAUGAAUACUUCAAGAAACCACUUCACCAAGGUUUUGCUGCUUUCAUGGAACACGUUUUGAACAACCAUCAGAAAAUCUCUUUCUUUGCUGGUGAUGAGAUUGGAUCUAAAACAAUCGUCAUGACAUUUUCCAACAUUCACACAGACAUUCGUCAGUGUUUGGGCAACGGUUUCCGAAGUCAAGUUGAAAGGCUGAGUGCCUAUAAAUCGGAGAAGCAGCUAGCUGAAAGAAUUGAUGAUUUCUGGAAUGCACCAGAAAGAGAACUGUUAGUUUUGCAGUGUAAACCCGAGUUAGAUGGCACACAUUUACUACUCGCCCGUUCAAUCAUUGAAGAAAAGCGAAAUUCUUACAAGCAGUGUUCAUCUGAGAUGGAAGCACAAGGAUGCAAGCAUGUUUGUAUCGUAGUUCACGUGCAACGUGGAGAAGCCACUGGUACAUGGCAGUUUAGUUUCUUGUGUGGUUGGAGACAAGUAUUCCUUGAUGUCCUCGAAGCUCCUCUAGUUCCACUGAAUGAAGUACUUGGUGAAAGUGUCCAGAAGCUUCUCACUUCUUCUAUCUGGCCCAUUAGCAGGAUUGCACAAAAUGAUCUCUUAUGGUGCUUCACCUGCAUCAAAUAUACCCGAAGCCAACGACCUUUUGAUGCUGUUUUGCGCAUCGCCAAGAAUCUUUUCAAUUCAGAAGAAGUUUCGCGAGUCAUCGAGGAACUCAUCUUACAGUCGAUUGACUUGAAUGCCUUUGAACAGACUCAUGAUUUUAAAGAAAGUUGGCAAGUAAGGGUUGCUUGCGAUCGGCAAUCAUUGAUCAAUUCGGCUACUCUUUACUGUGCAAUGGAGCAAUUCGUCUCUCUUUUAGUCCGAACCCCACUCGCUAAAAUUGUUUAUUUCUUAGAAAAAGAAAACGCCUGGCCGCCUCACCUAGUCAUUUAUUCUGAAGAGAAAAUUUCCAAAUUCGAAUCCCUGUGGCGUAAAUUUAUUUUGAACGAGGCUGUCUUCAAGAUUUCAGAAAUUCCCGAGCCACGUGGAGCUGAAUCGUAUGUUCUUGAGAGCGCGAGCCUUGAUCUUUGCCUGCCUUAUAGUCAAGUUGUUAUCAGAAAAGUUGACGACGUCAAGGAACUGUUUUUAGAAGAGUAUGCAACACUCGUAGAAAAUGAAGAUAAUUUGGACGGAAAUGGUCAAUUAAUGCAGAGCAUCCGAAUAGAACAACUGAAGAGGUUCUCCGAGAUAAUCUCAAACUUGGUCCCAGAACUUCACUGCUUUACAUUCAUCUGUUAUGAUUCAUAUAUGAAAGAUCUUUUUGAUAUAACGACUGCCGAUAGUUCAAAAUUAAGUCGUUCUGAGCGAGUUUCCAUAGCACAAGCCGUUUUUGUAUCCGAAAUCAAGCGAAAUCUGCCAGCAAAAAAUAUGACUGAGUUUUUCGCACUGCUUCAUACCUUUGUAUGGAUUUAUCGAGAACGGAUUCUUAGUUUGCUGAGAAUGGUUGAUUGCUGUCAGUCAUUUAUAUCAUGCGAAGUUCUGUCAAGUGUAACAGAUGCUAUCUGCUCAGAAGAGGUUGUGUUUGUAAAAAAUGAAGAAGAAGAUACAUGUGAUACAGUUGAAAGCAAAGAACUUGGUGUAUCGAUAAUGCAUGAUAGCGAAAACGAAAGUGAAGACUUUGGCAGUCAAGAGCGGGAGACAAAACAACUUACCGCAACUGAAAACGAGAAUGUACCGGAAACGACGAUAAAUCUUGUGACUCAACCCGAGACGCAUAAAACCGAAACCAACGUUGCUGAUAUGGAGCUUGAAUGUCGUGCACCAUUGGAAAAUGUCCAGAAGAACGUGGAAGAAGUCAUUAACAACGAAACAGAGAUCGAUGGACUUGGAGUAAGUUUUGGAGACAUUUUGGUUACGGCGUACUCUGAGGAAAUGUUUCCUUCGCGAGAAGUUGUCCAGGAGACAAAUGGUGGCCUUGAAUCAUGGAUGCGAAAUGCAAAAUUACUUAUUUCUUUGGCGUUUAAUAUUAACGAAGAUUCACCUGCAUUCCAUUACCUACGUUUGUGUGUUGAUUUCUCACAAAUUAUCUUUGCCUCAAACACUUUACCAUCACAUCUAUCUUCAUUGUAUAUUUUAAGCGAAAUUGGUAACGAUCUUAAACCAGAAUAUUUAGAUCAUGAUGAGUCGUUUCAAAUGAUAACGGAACAGUUAAUUACACCUUUGAUAGAAGCAAUGAGAGAUCACACGGAUAAACAGCAAGCUCUGCAGAAGUUCUUAGCUUUGUUUUAUGGUCGUUGUAUUGACACAAAUGUUGAUACCAGUAGCGCCCGUCUGAUUGUCGAACACGUGCUAUCUUUGGAGCGACCAGAACUAGUAAUGAUGAUGAACCCUAUUAUCUUACGGCUACUCGUGGUUGAAGAAGAGCAAUCACCUGGAAUAUUCGUGGACAUAAUCACCAAUCCAAGUGUUAUCGAGAACUGUCCUUGCCUUCAAAAUAUUGAUGAAGUAUUCAAAGAUUGUUUCUCGAAUGGUUUGAUACAUCAUGACUCGUAUCCCGCAGUAAUGAUUUGUGAUCUAAUUCAAUCUUUGUUAAAUUUCGAGGACAAGUUCAGUAUUGACGACAUCGACAGUUCUGAUUGCCGAGUUCUCCUGCUUGCUAAAUCUGCCAAAACACUGCUGUCACAGAGGGACGAAGAGAGCUGUGGUCUAACCGUACUUUCAGCGGUCGCAUUUCUACGAGGAUUUUUCACAACGUUAGCACAAUCUAUUGCUGGAAAUCUCAAUUUUCUGAACGGAGAAAAUCCACCAGACCCUGUUAUGAUAGAAGUCAACUCGUUACUAAAUGAUCCAAGAUCAUCGCUUAAACCUUUUUUCUUGAAACAACUCUCGCGAUAUGCAAAUCUAUAUGAUGUACAGAAGUGGUGUGUUGGAAAUAAAGUUCUUCCCACAAUCGAGGAACUAUGGCGCAACGAGAAAAGCGAAGCAGACAAAGUGGUGUUUACAUCUGUAUUUAAAUUUCCCGAGUAUAACGAAGCGAAAGCAGCCUAUUGGAAACUGACUUCUAACGAAGAAUCAACUAUGAAAGAGUUUUUGACAAAAUGCCUCGGUUCUCCAAAUCACGCAUAUGCCCUUUUUGGAAUCCUUGUAAACAUGGUCUUCUUGAAACGUGCUGUGCGAAAGCUCACUGAUAAAGACGAACAACUAGUUAAUUGGUUUGUCGAGAAAAUUACAUCUCUUCCGUGGUUUUAUCAAGAACUUUUGUUGCGAGUCCUAGGCCGUUGUGAUUUCCACUGUCCACAACUACAGCUAUCACCUGAAUCAUCAGUAGAAGACGUGGAAAUUGCGUUAUUAAUACUUCACAUUGCCUGCGUUGUCGCUACAAGUGCUCUGAAGGAACACUUGCCAAUCUACCGGUACUUUACGAAUCCCCUUACAUCCCAGCAUCCUUGUGUUCUAGCUCAUUGUGACGAGGAAUUACAUUCUGUGUUUGAAUUCCUACCAUCCAUAAAGGGAUCACUUCCUGUCACGUGUACAUGUGGUUUAAGACUGGCUUUUAAAGAUGCUAACAAUGUAUGUCCACAUUGUCAUCAAGACUUGAGUAACGAAAUCAUAAGCAACAUAUCCUCAGAGACGACUGACAAGCUGUCAAGGUCCGUCAAGGCUGUUACUAGAGUUGAAUUGGAUACCUGCGCGAAGCACAUGAGCCCAGCCGUCUAUCGUGCAUUACGUGUUAUUGUGUAUUCAUCUUACUACGCUGGAAUUGCUCUUGGGACGUCAUCGGAUGGCAAACUAUCUGCUGUUCUGAAUACGUUAUGUGGAAAUGGCACCGAAUGCUCCAACCCUGCAGAUUUGUGUUUUGAAAAUGUUGAAACUGAUCUGUCGCAUUUAAAGGACAUUCUAUGUUGCAAGAAAGAUAUUGCUAUCAAAGUCAUGCAUUUAGUGAUUGAGAAGAGUUCAGAUCUUAUCAGAAGAGGCGACCAACUACAAGGAAACAGCUCUUCAACACAAAGGAUGCGUCGAGAAUGGGAAACAACGUUUUCAAAGCUUACAGAACCGGUGUUUUCAAACGCGCGUAAAUCGUCCAAAGAAUUGAAAGAAAUGACAAAACUACAGCAGACGGAAGUUCAUUCAGAUAAUAUUUCCAUUGAAAGUUGUAUUUUGGAACUUGAUGAUUAUCCUCCAGAAUCAGGAGAGCAAAAACAGCCACUAAAAAGAUUAUACCGCCUGACAAAGCAACCAAGUUUUGAAGAUUUCCGUUCAGUAUUUCUGUAUUCUCGUAGUGAAGUUCAAGUAAAGCACAGAUUCUUGACGUUGUUCUUUGCAAAAUUUGAUCAACUUCCAAUCAUUGGCAACCUCCAUCACCUCUUGAAAUGGUCUCGUCUAGUAUCAUCAGCAUUAACCCACCGUAUUAGUAGAAAAGAUGCGGAGUCUAAGUCCAUCAAUGAUUUUAUAAGUGGUCAUCUUCUAGAAUUACGCCGAAGUCAAAAGCAGGUCGAGACUUUGAAGGAAUUGUUCAACAACUUCAAAGGAGCAUGGAACGACAUGCGACAUCUUGUAAAUCAGGAGCUCAUGGAUAAAGAUAUCGAGGAGAUGCCGCGACUAAGAGAGACUGAUUAUGUAGCUUACUGCCUAACGGAAAGUGAUAAUGGUAUCUACCUUCUAACGGCUAUUAGAAUCCUUGUAUCGUCUCAGAAUUUGAUCUUGGACGAAAUAAUUUCGCUUUCAUCUUUACAUCAGUAUCCAGCUCUAAGCUUCCUUGAAAAAGACAACAGCAGUGGUGUUAUGGCAAUCUCAAUUCAACAAGUUAAAGAAAAAGAAAUCAUCAGUUUCCAAUGGUCAGACGAUUUGUUUAAAUACGCACAAAACAAUCUUGAAUAUGGUAAAGGCGAAGAAAUCGUGUACGAUUUUGAGCGUAUUGAAAAAGAGCUUGCUACUAAAGUCGGGUUUGGAAAAUGUUACUUGACUGAAACACUAAACAAGUUCAUAUUCGCAAAGGAACUGUUCCAUUCCUGUGGUCCCUUGUUGACAGAGAUUCGAUCACUAAUGACACGAAAUGCAAGCUUGCCUGAGGAGGUACGUAAAGGUUUGUUCAAACUGAAAGAACGGAGGAUCAAAGAAGCUCAAGAUCUUCUUCAACAUAUCGAAGUACUCAUCUUCCUUCUUAAACCGCAACUGAAGAAUUUCGACGUGAAUAUGACCUUGGAAGAACUCGUUGAAAAGUGGUUAUCGAUGUUACCCAGUCCCUUUCCAGUCACACUGUUGCCACAACCUAGAAGUUCCAUCAAGAUUAAACACAUUGCUGCACUUUACGAAGCUCUUGAAGAUGUCCUGGCUGAUGGCGCUAUCGAAGGACUUGCUGACAGAUUUAGUAUCAAGUUAACAAUGGACAUGACAGAGAAACUAAACGCUGUUGUAAACAAAGAAAUUGAUCAGUUGAAACCCCACAACUUUUUGAAAGCACUGCGUCGUUUUGUGUUCCGAUAUCUUUCGUCUGAAACUGAAAGAUACUGGCCUGAGGAAAGUACAUCAUUACAGUCCUGCUUGAAGGAACCUUCACUGUGGUCUCCAUUUCAGCCACCAAACUUACAUGAGAUUCCGCCAGAAAUUUCAAUUCAAUAUAUUCACUGGCUUGUCAAGUUUCUUGAAGACUUGGACCAAGUAAGAUUUUUGCUUUAAAAAACAUACUAGGUAAUUAGAUGAUAACGACUGUAGUUACGAGUGUAGUACGCAGGGUGUGAUAAUUUUCGUACUGGAGGUUUACCAAUAGCGAGGUUUAGAUUUGACGUCCGCUACCACUACCUCUAACUGACUUAGUACGCAUCUGAUUGGUUAAUCGAAUAUAUCAAACGCAUCUCUCUUAAUGGUACCGGUAGUGGAAGUCAAAUCUGAACCUCUCUAAUAAAUAUUACGGUCUGGUACUUCUUUGUUUUUAACCAAGUACCACGUAGGUACGCGAACUGUUGGUAUCUACGUACUUACAUUUUGCUGGUACCAUUCGAGCUUACCAAGCCCAAGGUAUUCAUAACUCGUAGUUUCAUGGUUACUGAAUGAAUGCCUUUCAGAAACCUGUACUUUAUAUACUUCACUUUAAAGACUGAGUACACAGUGAGUCUUAAAUGUGUACCAGCUCGCGUGCGCUGCAAUAAUCAUUGGGGUACCAGUCUGGUACGACUAAACUUCUUGAAUUAUCGCAACCUGUAAUAAAACCUAUAACUUCUCCUACAGACGAUUAGAGGCAAUUAAAUUAAUUAUACUAAAUCAUUCUUGUCUUCACUCUCCCUGGUACAAUUGUUUUGUCUGAAAAGAGCACUUGGAGGAAAACUUGAGGAUUUGCCCCUGGAGUCAAUUGUAUAAAUGGCGCAAAUGUAAUUUGUAUUGGUAAUAGGAUAAUUUCGAGUGGAAUUUGGAGAAAAAACAUGCACACGUGAAUAUAUAUCAAAAUUGCACGAGUGCGAAAGACGAGUGCAAUUUGAAGUCUUUUAAAAACUCACGAGUGUAUGCUUUUUCAAAUUGCAACAUGAAAAGUUAUGCAGUCACGUGCAUAUAAGUCACAUUUAGAAAUUAGGAAAUCAGUAAGAAAAUUAAGAAAUUUGAAAAAUAAAAAAAUUAAGAAAUUUGCACUGUAUUUCUUUUUUUGCACCGUAUUUCAUUUUUUGGCACUGUAUUUCGAAAAAAAUAUUAUUACGUAUAUUAUUAGAAAUGAAAUAGAAUGAUAGCAUCAUAAUAUCGUAUACCCUUUGCUAGCAACCUGUUCUAUGAUGCCAAAUUUAAUGAAGAUAAUUUUCUUCCGUGUUUACAGGAGAAGAAAGUUCCUGUAAGAAGACCAGGGGUUGGAAGUCUUCCUCGACACACUCAAAAAAAUAAACAACCAGGUGGACGCCGAACUUCAAGAUUCUGUUAUGCAUAACCAGUUCAUUAACAUUUUAGUAUCUAGUGUUCAAACUCUAGAACAAUUUUGACCUUGUUUUCACAUAGGAAUGGCAUGAUUAUUGAUGACCAAAUUAUAUUAUGUAAGAUUAAUUAAAAAAUCAUUAAUAAUUCAGGACAAAACACAAAGAAAAAUCAUAAGCGUGUCGUGGUUUUAUAUGUGAUAAAAAAUCACGUUAAUUUACAUAAACGUUAGCUUUGAUUUUCUCGGUUUAGACAAAGUUUAUUUUAAAAAUUACUUUACCACUGAACUCGUAUAAGAUGAGUCGUUUUUUAAGCUAUUUAAAGCACUUGUAGUCGUGUUUUAUCACAUAUAAAACACUCCGCUACGCGUCAUGUUUAGCUAGGUGACUAGUCCCAGCCCAUACAUAUUUAGGGCGAUUUCAAGUUUUGAAAGUAGUAUGUUUAUAAUUACAUGUGCCAGUAGCUUGAUUAUAGUGAAGAUUUUGUUAAUUUCUAGUGUCUGGACCUAUAGCUUGAUAAUGAACUCUUGAUUUUCAUAUUAUCUGCUGAUGAUUAAAUUUAUUCGUCUCAAACAAAAAUAUAUUAACACUUGAAACUAUAAUAAAUGAGGAAUUAGUUAGGCCGCGUUUACACUAUAACGCUACGGCUAACAUUACGUUAGAAAUUUACUACGUUUCUAGUAUUGAGACUAUAUUGUGUUUACACUAUAACGAAGUGGUUUACCGUACAGUACUAACUACGGACCACUACAUUCGCCACUCUGAAUACAAAUCAAUAUCGUUAAAAAUUCACUAGGUUUAGAAUUUUGUUUACACUAGCUGUAGCCUGUUUUCCACUUCAACCGUAUCGUACCAUAGGCAUAGUAUUUUCUUUUGUGUCGAAGUCAUUAGUUCCACACUAGUGGUCAGGAAACAAAGAAAUUCGCUACGUUUCGGACCUUUCCAUACGAUACGAUUAAAGUGGAAAACUGGCUAAAAGCCAUUAUAAUGGAGUGGUUUGACGUAGCCUAUCAACUACGGACCACUACGUUUGGCACUCCGGUCUGAUAACAAUAAACAGACUGCUCAAUCUGCACAUGAAAAAGUAGUCAUUAACAUGCCGAGUCCAGAAUAUAAAUUACCAACUAAAGUAACUAACAAUGCGGAUAAAAGCAAUCAAAAUGAGGGUGUGACUUUAAACUCACAAAAAUCCCGUGUGGAAUCAAAUAAGUCUGUUGUUGAUCUUAGUCAUUUGGUAAACAGCGAAAAUUUGAAUAAUUAUUCUAAUAUAUCAAACACAAAGGGGAAUACUUUAUUAAAUAACCAUAAUAGUUGAACCAUUCCAAGUCUUUCCACUUGGGAUAUAUACGAAAAUCCAAUUUGUUGCUUUGUUUAGAAGUACCUUUUCUAGAUUUACAAAUUCGUUCGUGUUGUCAGGGACGCCGGAACUGGGGGGCAGGAGGGGCAGCCGCCCCCGUUGCCUUUUACCAGGAGGG